AAGCCACUGGAGAGAACACUUCCCCGCACAGUGGGCUCUACAUCCAGCAAAACAAACCUGGGAAAAUAUACCGCGGACCAUUUCUUUACGGGACUCCGAGGAGGAAAAGUGUGGAAAUAAAGCGUCGUUCGCGUCAAGGCUUUCUUUUUUUUUUAAGCCAACGUUAAACUCCUCGCUUCUUUUUUGUUGUUGUAACAAGAAGACUUGGGAAAGCGGCAACAAAAUACAGCUGUGAUGGACAUAAUGAUUGCUGUGCAGGAUGCUUGUGUCUCUGGUCAGUGGCUUACUGCGAUAAUUCUCAGCCUGUGCUGCUUUCUGCCGUCCUGUUUGCCCGCUGGACAAACUGUGGACUAUUCCUCGGUUGAAAGUGUGGUCAGCAGGCAAGGCGACACGGCUCUACUGAGGUGCUACCUAUUGGAUGGGAUCUCUAAAGGAGCCUGGCUGAACCGCUCAAGCAUCAUAUUCGCAGGGAACGACCGGUGGUCUGCGGACCCACGUGUGUCCAUCGUGUCCAGCGUUGGAGACAAACAUGAGUACAGCCUUCAGAUACAGAAAGUGGAUGUAUCUGACGACGGUCAGUACACGUGCUCCAUUCAGAGUGAGCGCAACCCACGGCCAAAGCUCCUCUACCUAAUUGUAAAAGUUCCUCCCAAGAUAUAUGACAUUUCCUCUGACAUCACGGUAAACGAGGGCAGCAAUGUGUCGCUCAUCUGCACAGCCAGUGGGAAACCCGAGCCAAGCAUUUCCUGGAGACAUAUAACCCCAUUAGCCAGGAAGUAUGACAGUGGCGAAUAUCUUAACAUCACCGGCAUCACAAGGGACCAGGCUGGAGACUACGAAUGCAGCGCUUUAAAUGACAUCGCCUCUCCUGACACCAAAGCAGUAAAAGUCACAGUCAACUUUGCCCCAUCUAUCCAUGAGAUGAAAAGCCAUGGAGUUGGUCUGGGACGCACAGCUCUGCUAAGGUGCGAGGCAGCUGCUGUGCCCUCUCCGACAUUCGAGUGGUACAAAGGUGAAAAACGGAUUAUCAAGGGUCAAGGCAUCGACAUCAAGAGCCUCAGCUCCAGAUCAGUCCUUACAGUGACCAACAUGACAGAGGAUCGUUACGGGAACUACACAUGCGUCGCCUCCAACAAGCUAGGGACGGCUAAUGCCAGUGUGCCUCUCAUUCCAAUUAUUGAACCCACCACCACUAGUGCUGUCUCAAGCCCAGCGCCCAACACUGCACCCUAUGGGAGCACAGGAAGUGCGCACGUCCCGCUGGCCUGCCGAUACCUGGUCCUGGCUCUCUCCUCCUUCAUCAGCGUGUACUAGCAGAGGCCAGGCCAGACACAAUGACUGUCGAGAGCAUUUAUGAAUCAUUUUUGACAUUGCUGAAGGCUGGAAUCCAAUCUGGUACAGUUUGUUGAAAAGCCGUGAUGGGGGAAAUAAUCAGCGAUACUUUGUGUGGGGAAAUUUUCUUUUCUUUUUUUUUUUCUUUGCUUUUUGGUGAAAUUUCUGUCAUGUAAAUACUAUGAUGUUUUUAUUAUUAUUAUUAUUAUUAUUAUUAUUAUUAUUUUCUCUCUUCUUUUCUGAUUGAUUGACCACCUUGUUGUGAAUCAGUGCUCACCCUCCCUCCCCACCUCCAAUCACAUCAAGCCCCCAAACUUCCCAAAUGAGUUACUUUCAUGCCUCUUCCUCUUCUCUUUGAGGCGAUGGCGCAAAAAUGGCAAUUUUUUUACAUGGCUAAAUUGGCCAAGGCUAAAAUGGCUAAGCAAUUGUGCCAAGUCUCUCAGUACACAGAAUUACCAUACCAAUGUUGUAUUGAAUGUAUUAUGGGUUGAACAAAGAAAAGACAUUUAGAUUCCUAACAAUACAAAUUCUGAUUGAGUGUGCGCAAAAAAUACAGAAAAUAUCGGGGGGAAAAAUCAAAAGAAGAAAAAAGGCAUGGCUUUUUCAGGACCUGUAUUGUCGUGAUGACUCAAUAGAUGGAUGGACAGUGUUAAAGGUGUGCUUUGUUGUAUUCUGAAAUGGGUCCUUCAGUUACUAUGCCUGACAGAUUUGAUCAGGCAGCCGUCAAAGUAGCAAAGUAUACUGUAUUGUAUCUUGAUAUUUUAACAUAGUGUAGGCUUUUGUUUUAAAGUGGGACCAGCUUUUCUCAUUCGACCAAGAACAUUAACACAGUUCAUGACUUUGUACAGUAUGAAGGGAGGAACAUUGCUGCCCUACGUUUACAUUUUUCUUGAAAAUAUAAACACUACAGUAUAUACUCCAUACUUUUUUGAGUCCGCAUACGUGAAUGUCACAACUAACUGUUGCAGUUGAGAAGAAAAAUCAGAGCCCAUUUUCAACUGUUGUAAGCUUUUCUUCUAAAGAUGCAGUUCUUUGAAACAUGCCACCUCCAGUGGGCGUCUGAGCAGAGCGUUGUGCCUCAGAAUUUGUUGUGUACCUACUGAUCAUCGACUGGCUGAAAACCCACAGCUGCACACUGUAGGUCGCUUGAAGUUUCUGACUUCAACAUUUCUCUGGAAAAGCAACAUUCUGCAGCACGGCAUUUUAUUCCCUAUUCGUUACAGAUCAUUAAAUACUUAAAUAUAUCACCGUCUCUUCUACAGUAAAUAUAUCUACAUUACUGCACCAAUUUACAAAUAAAGAACAUCCAGAGAGCCAAAGGUCAAGUACCCUAAGAUUUCUGGCGAAUACACCAACAUAUAUCAUCAUCCAAAAAAAAAAUAUAUAUACAAUAGAGAAACCUGCUCUGCCUCCAACCUGAGUCCUUCUCAUGUUAAUUAUGAGCAACAGAACACAAACUAAAGCUUAUGAACAUGCUCAUCACUACAAACAUGGCCUAAGGUGCUAACAGCUCCUCCAAGAUGAGAGUCAAACAGCUGAUCAGUGUCCACAGUGCCAGUGAAUGUCCAGCAGAGAAUCAAUUAAACCAUGAGGUCGUUUAAUAGAAGAAAAUGUGGCUUUUUAGUUCACUGAAAUCAACCAUAUCAAGGCUCAAAAACAAUGUAAUUGUAAGGGUUUACUUUUUGACAAGACAGUCAUGGCAUAUUCAUCCUCAAGUAUCUUCAAUUCAUGGUGUAAACAGAGAUACUAUACUGUAAUGCCUUAAUAGUACCAUAGACAUUAAUUGAACCUCCUUUAGAAGGACACUUCCAGAAGCUCUCAUUAAGGUACAACUCAUUUGUUUGACACAUUACUGCUUAGUGAAUGUUCAUAAACCAGUAGCUAACUUAUCUUUCUAAUUCGGCAUUAUAUUCAGUAAAAACUAAACUUCUCAACUUCUCAUGCAGGUAUUUUCAAAUAAGCCAGUUGCAUCUGAUAGAAAUGCAGUAUUUGUCGUACAGGUUGACAUGUUUGCAGGUGUUGUCUGGAUUUGGAUUGUGUUAUUUUUUGCCUCGCGAUCGAGGGACUAACAGUUCACGCAGUAUUUUCACAUGAACUUGUAACUGCAAACCUAUAGAGAAAUAGCCAUCGCAGUUAAAAGACUUAAAGCACAAACACUGUUAUUACUUUUAUGUUUCGUGGUGAUUUGUUUUAAGGUCUGCUAAACAUUUUUUUUAUUUUAUUGUUUGUACUGAAAUUGUUAUCAGCUUGUUUUACAAAUUAUGAAAAUACUGCACCAUAUGAUCUUGUUUAAAUGUUAAGGUAUAAUGAAAAUGGGUCAGAACUAUAUUUAUUCUCUUCCUUUAUGAAAACAAUGUAUAAAAAAUUACAUUUGAAACAUGUAAAACUGGAUAUGUGACAUGUAUUUGAAUGAGGCACAGUAUGGCAUAGUUUAUAAUGUUGUUGGGUUGAUUUAGAUGCCAUAACUGUUGUUGAUUUUUUUGUCGGACGAGUACAUUAAAAAAGAACAAUGUUUGCAAUCAAAUUACCUACUUUUUGAAACAGAGAGGGUGUGAACCAAUAUAACAGUAUUAUAGAACAGAAUCAAUGUGUGUAUAUUUGGAGAAAAUAGGAUACCUUUUGAUCUUUAGAGCCAGUGUGUAGUCAUAGUUUUCACACACUUGCGUGUUUGACAAUGUGCAGAGAGUAUGGUUGUGCUGCAUGUCAAAGUUAACCUGUGUUUUUGAGGUGGCCAUUUUACAGAUAUUCAUACUUUUUAUGAAUGGAACCAGUUUUUUCCAAAACACAUUUGGUUCUUAAACCUGGUCUAAAAAUACAUACCUCCUACGGACCAGCCGGCUAUGUUUGUUUGUGAUUUAUUUGAAUCAACUUUUGCUGAUAAACUAAAACAACUGCUAUUCAGAGUCAUAAUGAUUAUUGUGGCACUUUGGUGACGGUCUGAAGUUAUGUUGGCUGCUUGUCUAAGCAGUCAAAACCAUGCUAGUAUUCAUACAUAUGAAAUGUACUGGAUGUUGAUUAUUUUUUGAAUAAUAGUAUUAACAAGUCCCUUUUAUCGAAUCACUAUUAUUUGCAAUAAAAGUCUUCAUGUUCCAAUAUAAACCCACAUCUGAGUUAAUGAGCACUCAAAGGGGUUGUCAUUAUCACUGGGACAGGUUUUGAGCCAUAGCACGCCGUUGCAACAGUGUCCUCCUUAAAAUAUAAACUGUCUCGUCACUACGUUCUCCCUGCGUUGUCUUGUUGUCGCCCCCAUAAAAUCAAGGGCAGAAUCAAUGCUGUUAACAGGGUUCUAAUUUGUAGAUUUUAUAAGCUGUAUCAACAUUUACUUUCUGAGGUAAUUUAACUACCAAAUGAACUGUUGGUUGUUAGAGAGUAGACGUGUAAUGUUCGGCCAAAGAUGUUUUGCUGGAGAGGAAAAACAACACUCUGUACUUUGUAAAAACUAAGAAAGGAUUAUGUCUGGUUGCGGUUCAAAAGGACCAGCUGCGUAAUGAGUCUGUUGGUCAAUAAAUCGAAAUCCAGCCCGAUACAUUGUAGCUAGACUGCAGUCGGUUACUGGCCGACAGCUAAAGCUAGCAGCUAGUAAUUUUAUAACCCCUCAGUUAUAUUUUUUAGAACAUCACACACUAAUAUUUUAAUCACCAAGAUCAGAAUCUUUGAUAAUGUAGGACUGCGGAGCAGCUAGUUUUGUCUGUGAAAUUGUUGCAUUAGCUAAUACUAGCUAACGUCAGCUAACGUUGCAAAUGGAUCAAUCAACCAGAUUUUUGUCACUAUUACCAGAAGUAGACCACUACACAGUAUUCACCACUUAAUGUAUUUCCUCUUUUAAUGAAGUGAAAAAAGUCACAGUAAUGUGGCUACAUAUCACAUCUGAAUGUGAGCUACAUUAAUUGGUCUGGUUUUGUAGAUACAGAUGAAAGUUCUUUGAAGUUGACUUCAAGCAAACUACUGCUUUGCCAGUGGCACAGUUAAACCCUGGUGAAACAACACUGCUGGGACUGUUCCCCAGACUUGAGAGGCAUGAGGGAAAUAUCAGUCUGUUUGUACAGUCUAACCUGAAUUAUUGAGUCAUCUUAAUUUUGCCGUAUCAUGCAUAUUUGAUCCUCUCCCCUCUGCCCUUAAACACUGCAUAAAUCCUCCUGAGCCCAGAUGGCCAGAAGCCACAGUACAUUGGAUUAACCAACGUUUGCAGUACAUCCUCAUCACUGACUGGAGUGUGUCGGGCAGUAUAUAUGAUAUGGAGAUAUUUACAAACAUACAUCACUGCACAUUCAGUCCCAUAAUGCAUCAGGGGCAGAUUAUACCUUUUUUCGCAACAGCACAAGGCUUUCGAGUAUCCUUUGACCCAAAUUCACUCUUGACUUCAAAAACCCACGGUUGUGUGACCUACCUCAUAAAAGUUCAGUUGAAAAAGUCGUGUUUAUGUACAAGCUGAAAAGAGGCCACGCCACCCACCUGCAGAGAUCACUGCCUCACCUAGUGCUCCCAGCUGACAGCAGAGGGGGAAAAAAUCUCUCCACUUUUAAAUUUAAGAUAAGAGGAUUUUAAAUAUUCAUGCUAGUGCCCUGCAAUCCCCAACCUGAAUUUUUAAAUUGUCCAUUUCCAGGCAUCCUCAUCCCAAUGCAUCAGAAUCAUAUUGUUCUGUUUGCAUUUAUUACAAGUUUAUUUAUUUUUUAUUUUUUUUAUUUAAGUUGUUAACAGCUGAGUCUUAGAGGGGGUUCUGUACUGAAUGUGCCUUAAAAGUACUUUCUCAACCAUAACCAACCCUCAUUUAGAUUAUCAAUGCUCCUGUACGCAGUCUUUUAACUGAUGGCUCACUUAAAGGGGAACCAUUCUCUAGCAUUUUUAGGUUUAUACUUUUGUGUUUGUACUAGGACAUGUUUACAUGCUUUAAUGUUCAAAAAACACUUUAUCUUUCUCAUACUGCCCAUGGCUGCUGCACCACUCUCUGCUGGAGCGCCUGUCUCUUUAAGCCCCCCUCCCGAAAAAGCCCAGUCUGCUCUGAUUGGCCAGCAUUUUUCCUGGAAUCUCCUCUGCGCUCCAGUUUUGUUUCAGUGGUAGCAGCUGGAGCUACUGUAAUGGAGUUGUACUGUGAAAAAUCACAAAAAAAGGCUUCUAAACUAAAUACUACACAACUGGACAUGUCCCAGCAGUAAUGUGACCCGAAAUUGGGUUGAAAUGACCAGUAUUGGCCGCCAAGAUUACAGCUAUCUGGCCUUAGCAUGCAGCUACUUAAUAGUUAACGUUAGAUUGUAAUGGAACGAAGCAGCACGUUCUACCGUCAAAAAUCGCAGAUAAAGGCUUCUGAACCAAAUACUACUCAAUUGGACAUGUUUCAGCAGUAAUGCAACCCGAAAUUGGGGAGAAUUUAACAACAUUGGCAGCUAAGAUGACAUCUUUUACUGCCGUUAGCAUGUAGCUACUAUAGUUAGCAGUGCAACACUUUCUAUAGUCAAAAAUGCCGUUAGCAUGUAGCUACAUGCAACAAUGUUAACACUAGCUUUAAAAAAAAAAAAAAAACUCCAGUCCUGCUGGCUUGAGAGUAGAAGAAACUGUUGAAACCGGAGCGUUCAGAACAGUUAGAAAUCUGAACGUUUUAGCUCACGAAAUUUCUCUAAAAUAUGUUUAACUCAUUAUUUGUUUUUGCCAUGUAUAACAAAAUACGGAAAAGCAUAAUAUGUCCACUUUUAGUUUUCACUACAUUGAUUAUUCCUAUCAGCCAAACAUGAAAUAUCUCAACAUAGAAGCAAACUACAGCAUUAAUUAACUUUAACAGUUAUUCUGACACAUGUACCCCCUAAGUAGCAUAUAAUACAAAUGAAUGAAACAAAUGUCAUCAUGAUUAAAAUAAUUAGGAUUAAUGCAUAUUUAAAGUGUAGUCAUGUGUAUUUAACAGAAGCAGGGUUCAAAUCAUCUUCAUCCUGGUUAUUACCAGGUCAAACUCUCUUCAUGUUUGUUUUCACUUCUUUAGUAUGGGUAGGGGUGUAUUUGAAAGGCAUGCUUAUUAAUCCUUUCUGUGAUUGACAUACUGUAAAAAAAAAACUAAAAAAAGCUUGAGUUUAAACAAACAGCAAGAAUUAUUUUGUGGAUGGUGUGUGACUCUGGGUGUCUGUGUAGGAAACAUGAUGACAAACUCAGAGACUGCUGUGACACUUUGCAACAGUGUGUCGCUGCACUAACGGGAGCACACACACUGUGUUGCCAAUAGGAUCUGAUGUAGGGAGGAGAUUCAAUAUAUUGCAGGUGGCAUUUACAGUCUUAAAAGGCAAAAAUGAAUAAAUACAGACUUAUUUGACAGACUUGUUUCGCAACUAAUACAAAUGCUCAACCCAUCAGCGUGUGUUUUCAGCGCAUAAUGCUUUACAGUGUAUUGUGAUUUGACCACUCAAUUAUGGAUGUUUGCCGUUUUUAUCCUGCAAAUGAAUAUAUGUGAAACAGCAUUACCCUGCAGCAACACUAAGGUAGCAUAUACAGUAUGGAAAUGAUUAGCAUGGGGUCAAAGUGCUGUUUGGUUUUUCACAAAGGCGUCUGUGGCCGGCAUGAACACAGAGGAGAGCGGAGGAGUUGUGAGAGAGCGAUUCCUCCUGACCCUGCGGUUAAUGAAACCCUUCCUGUGCCUUUGUCAGUUGUAACUGGGAGAUUGUGUCAUACCGCACUGGAGCUGCCGCCUGGCUCCUGCAGUCGCCAUCCUACUUCCCUGAGGUGCAUACUGAGUUGUCAGGAUAAAAAAAUCCUCUGUUUCUUGACUUCUAGCAUUCAGUUUGGUAGAUAUCUUUGUUGCAGUGCUAUCCCUCCUUUCAAACGCAAGCAGAAAGAGGGUGAAAAAAAUGUUCUUUCUCUCUAACCAGUCUCCGGGAAAGUUUGAUCCAGCUCUGAAUAAAAAUAAAGAUAAAAACAAAUCAUUCAGUUUUUUUUUUUUUUCAAAUAGACCUCCUUCUCUCGCUCUCAAACAUUUCAGUUGGCACAAAACUAGUGAGCAAUUUCUAACUGGUGUGAAACCCCUCUGAUAUCGAGUCAGAUGACAAUGUGGGGGGGGGGUGCAAUUUAAAAAAGAAUUUACAUCAAGUAUUUGUCAACCUGUCCCUCAUUAUUUCCACUGAACUGGAAAAUAAGUUGCCAGCCGAUGAUGCAGAGCCUGAGAUAAUGCCUGGGUUUUAAAGCAAGUUAUCUAAGCUAGGUCUCUCCAUGACGUUGAUGACUGUGAAGGGUUUUCAUGUAAAGCUUGCGGGCAGUUGUCAGUUUUGGUGAAGGAUUGAACAGGUUUGCCAUAGAGAGAAUGCCAUCACUUGACUGAUAGUGAAUGUAAUCAUAUUUCAUUUGUUUCCAUGCCCCAAAAGGCAGAUUACACAUUGUUUUAUAUACACUGAAUGACACAGCAAAUCAGUUCUUUGUAGCACCAGUUCAUCAUGUGUCUUCAGUGUUGUAUUUGUUUAAAUGGAGUGGCCUCUGGUAGAGUUCAAGGUAAUGAUGUGAAGCAUUUCUUCUGUUUGUUAACUGUAAAUUCAACAUAUAUAUAUAUUUAUGCCAUUUCUUUUUCUUUUUACAAAAGUGGGAAUGGCUAUUAUAAGGUUGAUGGGAACAUCCUGAAAUUUUCUAUAUGGACUUUUAUUUCUCUCUUUUUUUUUUCCUUUUUUUAAAUCUUCAAUCUUUCAAAUCAUCAUUCUGAAAAACAAUACGAUGAAAAGUGUGGAAUGGAAAUGUUUACUCAAAUGUGUAUGAAGGUCCUUUAGCCACCAGGGUUAUAGUUGUACAUUUAUAGGCUCUAGAUCACUGGAAUGAUAUAUACAGCUUUAAGUGGCAUUGAUAUAUCUAUAUAUAAUAUAUAUAAAUAUAUAUUGAUUUUUGUCCAGAAAUAAGAAAAUUCAUGUACUUUAAUUACUUUAUAGCUUACAUUGUGUAUAGCACGUAUGCAAGUCCAUUUUCAUCAUGUUUGAUGUAAUUUUGUAGCAGUGGUUUGAUACUAAUAAAUGGCAGUUGAUGAUGGA